GGGCGGGCUCCCCGUGCCUCAAAACACUUCCCCGCGUUAGAGCCCAACUUCUCCCAAACUGUCCCGGGACUCAGAGCUUCUCCCACUCCACUCCGCUUCCUUAGGAUUUUGUUUCUCAGGGAUGGCCGCAUCUAUUCUGGAGGUAGGGAAUGUGAUUGAAGACGCACGCUAUGGCUCCAGUCCUCUGGCUAUGUUAACUGCUACCUGUAACAAGUUUGGCAGCACAAGCCCCAUCAGGGAUUCGGCUACACCCGGUAAGCCCGGCAGCACAACUCCUGUAAAGAAGCCCUACAACAUGACCUCUGAUCUGCAGACUAAGAACGGGCGCACCGCAGACGGCAGCGGCCUGGCGGACUCCUACACUGGCUCCUUCACCACAGCUGGAGGAGGAGGCGGCGGGCUGCUUACCCCAACUGGAAGCCCCCCUCCUUCAUCCGGAGGCUACCCUACAGAGUAUAACCCCUUCUCCCACUCCUUCCAGACCUCUGUCUCCCAGGACCCGUCUCUUUUAGUGUCCAAGGCCCAUGCUACGGCCGACUGUCUCACCAGCGUCUACACCUCCCUGGAUAUGACGCACCCAUACGGCUCCUGGUAUAAAGCCGGUAUCCAUCCUGGUAUCACUGCUGCUCCUGCCAAUGCCACGUCCUCCUGGUGGGACGUCCACCCAAACUCCAACUGGCUCUCAGCAACCCAGUCCCAGACAGAUGGAGGUCUCCAGGCCUCGCUGCAGCCUGUAGCACCCCAGGCCUCCCUUAGCCCACAGUUGCCCAGUUACAGCACCGACUUUACACAACUAAACCCAACUCCGUACCCCUCUGUGGGGCUGGGCUCCUCCUCACACCUCCUCCAGUCCUCCCAGCACAUGCUGCCCCAGGACAUGUACAAGCCCAAGCCUGUGCCAAGUGCGGGACUGAUUGAGAGUCCCAUGGGCCUGAAGCCUGCCAGGGGAUCAGGGGGGUACAGUGGAGGAGGUGCGCCCACCAGAUCCUCAUGUGACUGCCCCAACUGCCAGGAGCUUGAGCGGCUGGGGGCCUCGGCUGCCUCCCUGAGGAAGAAACCGGUCCAUAGCUGCCACAUCCCUGGCUGUGGGAAGGUCUACAACAAGGCCUCUCAUCUGAAAGCCCACCUGCGCUGGCACACUGGCGAGCGGCCCUUUGUUUGCAACUGGCUGUUUUGUGGGAAACGCUUCACUCGCUCUGACGAACUGGAGAGGCACGUACGCACCCACACCCGUGAGAAGAAGUUCACCUGUCUACUGUGCAACAAGCGUUUCACACGCAGCGACCACCUGUCCAAGCACCAGAAGACCCACGCUGAUUCUGCAAUGCAGGGAAAAGCUGCUGUGGAGGGGGACACAGAUCCUCGCAGCGAAGAGACCACAGAGCUCAACACCAGCGCUGUCCAAACCAACCCUGUCGAUGACCAAAUCACCAACGGAGACGAGAAGACUGGCACGCCUAAUGGAGUGGAGAACAGCAGCGGACUGUUGGAGAUCUGACUUUGUUAAGUUUUCUUUUUGAGACAUGGUGGGCUUUUUUGUUGUUGUUGUUGUCGACACAAUUCAACCUUUAAACUUAAAAAGACAGUAUUUGGUUUCAAGACAUAAAAGGAUUUCUGAGAGUUUGAAAAGAGUUGAUAUAAUAAAUGACUGACCAUGUUGCAGGUAGCAAUCACUUCAUUUUCUCUGGACCACACACACAGACACACACACACACACACACACACUAAUACACAAUGCCCUGCAAACAAAUGCCUACAUGUAUGCAGGCAGAAAAAUACACAAACACAAAUAAAACAAACCAAAGAUGGGAUGUUCAUGCAAACAUGUGCACAGGCCCAAGCAAAGAAAACAACUAUGAACAAAUGCAUCCAUGCAUGCACACACACACACACACACACACACACACACACACACACACACACACACACACACAGAACGCCUGCACACUUCAAGCAAAUACACAAAUGCACACAUUCAUCCUACACACAUUUUCUGCCUUUCAAAUGAGACAAACCACUGGGGAAAUUUAAUCUGCAAAAGCAGAAGGAAAAGAGCUCUGAGCCGCAAAAGGAAAGUCGUUUUAAAAGGAGACUUAUGGUCGGGAUGAUGGAGUUGAUGGAGCAUUGCAUGUCUCGAGAAAAAUCUGAUUUACAGCUGUACUUUGAUACUUCAUUACUCUUGAAACAAUCAACGGACAAUCCUUCUUACUGCUUUAUUGUUGCCAAAGACAUUUUGAUGUAAUGGAUUUUUUUUUCAGUUCACUUUUGUUUGCUGUUUGCUUCGUACAAUGUCUAAUUUAAUUUCAUAUUUACAUAAAUAAUCUAAUUUAUGUCUUAAAUUAUACACGUGGAAGAUUAUCUUGCACCCUGCAGGAACUAUAUAAAGCCUGAAAAAGUACGCAAGAUGGUUGAAGCUGGCCAAAAAGAAAAGAAAAUGCAUUAAAUUAAGUUUUUUUUCUCUCUCGUAUUUAUUAGUUAUAAAUGUGGAGUUUUUGGGCAAUGUUUUAAAAGAUUUAUUUAAAGAUCUUGAAGUUUGUUUGAUGUGUAAACUAUUGCUAUAUAAUCUUUUAAUUGUGAAGACUUCCACACCUGGCAGAGUAAUGGUUGAUAAGGGCUUCUCCUUGUUUGUACAUACCAUCUAUACAAUUUAUAGAUAUUGCUGGGUGUGUUAUUUUUCUACUGUUUUUAUGUAUUUUUCUGUAUUUGGUCUUACUUUCUAUGAUGAAACAGAUCUCUAUAAAAACAUUAUGUAAGCGACAGACACAGAGAAGCUGAAUUUGUUGCUUUGAACUACGAUGUGAGCUGAUUCAUUGUGACAUGAGUGUGUCAGAUACUGUAAAUAAUGAUGAGGCACAAAACCUCUUAAAGGUGAACGUGUUGUAAAAAGUAAAGGUGUGAAAUCAUGACAGUUCUGGUGCUUUGAAAAGUAAAGAAAUAUAAAAAGCA